AGCCAACCCUUCCUGCAGGAGGAACAGUGAAGCACCAGCUCACUUGCUUGUCCUGAGACUCUGCUUCAAGGUGAGCAAGAGCCCCGUCACUUGAAGUCCUCCCCACGAUGCUGUUGCUGCUGCUGCAGGUCUUGGCGAGCUGCCUCUGGUUGGGACACAGUGAGGUGGUGACAUCCUUUGAAAGCUCAUGCCCUCAGUUCUUCUUCCAAAAUACCCCCCCAAAUGAAGCCCUGGUACCACAGAACCCAGCCUGGAUCUGCCAGCGUUACAAUAACCGGUAUUACUUUGCCACCCUGUAUGACAAGACCAGGCGUAUUCCUGUAUACUCGGCUUACAUCUACCAGCCUGCAUCUUGCGGGAGACCCAAAACAUGGCUUGUUGAGCCCGAGCUGAUUAGCCCAGCUUAUCCCAAAAUGAUGAAAACAGAGCAGAGCCUCUCGAAAGAGUUCAAAAUCACCUUAGAGGAGAUCGGCAAGCACCAGGCUGUCCUCCAGGACUACACGAACCUGAAUGGUUUGAACCGGGGUCAUUUGAACCCCUGCUGCCACCAACCUGACUCUGACAGCAAGGCAGCAACCUUCACCCUCACCAACAUCGUGCCCCAGAACGAGAAGCUCAAUGGCGGUGCCUGGAGCAUCUACGAACAGCAGACCAUGAUCAAGAACACUGAGGGCUGUAAAAAAACCUAUGUUGUCGUGGGUGCUGUGCCUGGCAACAACUACAUCGCCAACGGGAGGGUGAAUAAACCCAGCUACAUCUGGGCAAGUGCCUGCUGUGAGGUGAAUGCCAAGGUUAGGAAGACUUGGGCAGUCAUUGCUGAGAAUGAUAGAGAUGAGGUGGAGAGCCUCACACUGGGGGAGCUGGAGGAUAAGCUGACCAAGCUCUAUGGGAGAAGCCAGGUUUCUCUGUUUGACAGUGCCUGUCCCCGGAAAUAAGCCCCACUACACAUUCCAAGUGUAAGAGGCUCAGAGGCUUUGUCCACAUGUCCUGUGCAGCAUCUGUCCUGCUUCCUUCUCCAGUGGUUUUCCAGCUCUUAAAAAGGAGUACUUGGCCUGGCCACUCUGGAGGGGCAGGCUGGAUGACAGCCAUGGGUGUUAGAAAAGGGUGAAAUUUUAUG